AUGAAAAAACAAACCGUCGGGAACGACUAUCCCUCCCAGCAACUCCCAACCCUAAUGAUGUGUGUGGCAGGCGCGUAUUUUUGGAACAUUCCCACCUUGGCACUCCACUCACCACACUCCAUUGGGUGCCAAAAAAGCGUGGGGAAAGUACAAUGUGGGAAUUUAACGUGCCAUUGGAACCCUAAUUACACACAUCUAACUAACACUCCCCUCGCUGACGUUAAGAAUAGUAGACCGCAUCCAUCCCCACCCAAACCUUCGGGAACAAACAACCACUCGCCCAACCCUGGCCCGUCCCCAACAGGCAGGUCCUACGCGGGGCGCGAUAGACGCAGGUCGGCGUUCGCGUAUACAUAUACGUAA